AUCAGCCUCCUCUCGGCUGCUCUCCUCCAGGAGCCUCGCUGGACUCACUCUCUCUCCCGGAGCUCGACGGGAACUGCUCGCUCUGCUCCGCGGCGUCUGUCGCCUCCUCCCCGGGCUGAAGAAGAGGGUCUGUCGGUCAGAGAUCAUGGGAGGUCGUUGACGCUCGACCUGCUCUUCAGUUAAAGGAAACCUAUCAGAGUCGUCUGGUGCCCAGUGACGGGUCCCAACAUGGCCGCCCAUCGAAUCAGAGCCACCGCCAACAACAACCCUUCCCUCGCUCGCUGCAAGUCCGAGGGGACGCUGGUCGACCUCAGCGACGGCGUCUCGGAGGCCACGCUCAACGAGGUCAAAGUGCCUUCUCCCAGUGCCUUACGACUGGACGCCACCGCCUCCUUCGGGGCCGCCAGGGAAGUGGUUGCCAUAAAGGACUACUGCCCAUCCAGCUUCACCACCCUGAAGUUCUCUAAAGGCGACCGCCUCUACGUCCUGGACUCGUCGGGGGCCGAGUGGUGGUACGCCCACAACAACACGGAGAUGGGCUACAUCCCUGCUGCUUACGUGGAACCCAUCAACUACAGGGACUCGUCCUUCAGCGACAGCGGGAUGAUUGACACUGUGGGAGAUUUUAACGAGGAGGCGGCCAAAGAACUGGACCUGCUGGGAGAGUGGUCGGGGGUGAUCCUGAAACCAACCGCCUUCCAGAAUGGAAAUCCUUUUGCAGCAACUCAUACCUCUACGAACCCUUUCCUGAACGGAGGCCCUCAGAGUUCACUGGAUCAGAACAGUAAUGAGAAAUCAGUGGAUCUUCUUCUGUUUGACUCACUUGCUCCAUCGGUGCCCAACUCCACCGGCAUCACUGCCGACAUCACUGGUUUUGGCAGUGGUGUGUUUAACUCCAACCCACUCAGUCCCACUGGGGGCUUCGGGCAAACGCUGCGCAGGGACAACCCGUUCUUUCGAAGCAAGCGGUCCCACAGUCUGUCUGAGCUGUCCGUCCUGCAGGCUCAGUCCGACUCCCCUCAGGUCUCGGGGGGUUUCUUCGGAGGCCUGAAAGCACCAGCGCCGGAGCAGUUCCAGAGCCGGGAGGAUUUCAGGACGGCGUGGCUCACCCACCGCAAGUUGGCCAGGUCCUGCCAUGACUUGGACUCACUGGGUCAGAGCCCAGGCUGGGGCCAAACGCAGCCGGUGGAAACCAGCAUCGUCUGUCGCCUGGACAGCUCAGGAGGCGCCGUCCAGCUUCCAGACACCAACAUCAGCAUCCACAUCCCCGAGGGCCACGUGGCCCCUGGGGACACUCAGCAGAUCUCAAUCAAAGCUCUGCUCGACCCGCCGCUGGAGCUGAACACCGACCGCUGCACCACCGUCAGCCCGGUGGUGGAGAUCAAACUCAGCAACAUGGAGACCAAAACCACCGUCACCCUGGAGGUGAAGGUUUCCGUCGUGGUGAAGAUGGAGAGCAGACCGACCACAGAGGUCUUGUGCGUCAGGAGCGAUUGUAAAGAGGGACCUUACUCUGCCAUCCCUCAGGCCUACCUGUACGGGGACACAGUGCAGGUGUGUCUCGACAACCUGGAGCCGAGCAUGUACGUGUGCGUUGUGGCUCAGUCCCAGUCCGUGACUCCUGACUCCACGGUGUGGGAGCAUGUGGUAAAGAAGAUCACCUUAGGAGUGUACGGCCCCAAACAUAUUCACCCGUCCUUCAAAACAGUCGUAGCUAUGUUCGGUCAUGAUUGUGCCCCGAAGUCACUGUUGGUGAGCGACGCCGGCAAGCAGGCGCAGGCUGCCCCCCCCGUGGCGCUGCAGCUCUGGGGUAAACACCAGUUUGUCUUGUCCAGACCGCAGGACCUCCGCGUGGGCGUUUACUCCAACAUGGCCAACUACGAGGUAAAGGCCGGUGACCAGGCCAGAGUGGUCCGGGGCUUCCAGGUCAAACUGGGCAAAGUCAGCAGGCUCGUCUAUAUCAUCGCUUCACGCGACAGUGAAGAAGUCUCUGACUUUACCUUAAGAAUCCAGGUCAAAGACGACCAAGAUUGUAUCCUUGGUCAGUUUUGUGUCCAGACACCGACUCCGCCCCCCAAAGCAGGCCCAAAGACGUCAGUGCAGCGGCGCUUCCUGAAGAAGAAGGAAGUCGGCAAGAUUCUUUUGUCUCCUCUUGCUGUUGCCACCAAAUACCCGGUUUUCCAGGACAGGAGAAUAAACAACGUGAAGUUUGGAAAAUUAAUCAAAACUGUGAUCCGACAAACUAAGAACCAGUACCUGCUGGAGUACAAGAAAGGAGACUUUGUGGCCCUGUUGAGUGAAGAGAAGAUCAAGCUGAAGGGUCAGCUGUGGACAAAAGAAUGGUACAUUGGAUAUUAUCAGGGCCGAACUGGGUUCGUCCACGCAAAGAACGUGUUAGUGGUUGGCAAAGUGAAACCCAUUUACUUCAGUGGGCCCGAUCUCACCACCGCAAUACUGCUGGAGCAAACACUGAAGCCCUGCAAGUUCCUCACCUACAUCUACGCCUCUGUGAGAACUAUACUCAUGGAGAAUAUCGGCAACUGGCGAGCGUUCGCAGACGCACUGGGAUACGUCAACCUGCCGCUGACACACUUCUGCCGUGCGGAGCUGGACAGCGAACCUGAGCGAGUGGCGUCGGUGCUGGAGAAGCUGAAGGAGGACUGCAACAACACAGAGUGCAAAGAGAGGAAGUCCUUCCAGAAGGAGCUCCUGACGGCUCUGUUGAAGAUGGACUGUCAGGGUCUGGUGGCUCGACUCGUCAUGGACUUUGUUCUCCUGACCACGGCCGUGGAGCUGGCCGGGCGCUGGAGGGAGGUGGCCGAGAAGCUGGCGAAGGUUUCACGUCAGCAGAUGGACGCUUACGAGGCGCCGCACCGGGACAAGAGCGGGGUGGUGGACAGUGAGGCCAUGUGGAAGCCGGCCUACGACUUCCUGGUCACGUGGGCGGCUCAGAUCGGCGACAGCUACAGGGACGUGAUCCAGGAGCUGCACAUGGGCCUGGACAAGAUGAAGAACCCCAUCACCAAACGCUGGAAGCACCUGACGGGCACGCUCAUCCUGGUCAACUGCCUGGACGCCCUGCGGAGCUCCGCCUUCAGCCCUGACGCUCAGGAGGACUGCGCCAUCUGAGCUCCGUGUCCCUCGCCGUGUACACGCUGCUCACCAGCUUGAAGCUCCUCGUGCCCGGGGGGGGGGGGGGGCUGACCCACGUCUCCGCCACGCAACACGCCGCCGUGUGGACCUCACUGAAUUCACAAAGACUCUUUUAAUAGUUCCUGUCGUGCAUAGCUAUGUAUUUUUAUACUCUUAUUGUGACACAGCAUUUUUUAAAGCAACACUUUGAACCCUUUGGUCUGUAGCUGUGGAUCGAACGCCAAGAAAAGACUCUUUUAGAUAUCGUGGUCACAUGUGUCAAAUCUCUUCUAUUUAUUUAUACAUCCAAGAGGGAAGUGAGCCCUUCUCCUCGUCUUCAGGUUCUCUCUCUGUGGUCGGAUCCCCGUCAGUCCGUCAGGAUCAUUUAUAAAACAUCCACCUUUUGGUCAAAGUGUCCACCUGCUCUGAGAAAUCACUUCCAUUCAGUUCUGUUAGAGAAAGUGAGUCAACCUCAGAUUUAGAUCAUGAUGAAUCAUCUCUGGUUCCAGAUUCUCUUUUAUUUCACAUCAUGUGAAAUAGAAAAUCUUCAUAUCGUCCCAACCAGGAAUCUGAAAACGUCAUUUAAACAUUUUGUGAAAUUCUGACUUUGUAAACAAAGAUCUCAACUCAAGGAUCCACCUCCUCACUGGAGAUCAGAUUCUCCUCAGCAGCCGGAGAACGUGUCAGUUUAAUAUGAACUGUCUCAAUAACCGAGUUCAGCUCUUUGUGGACUGGAACCUGAGAAAGAGGAUCUGGUCUCAGGUCGCUGGGUUUGGACCUGAGGGCUGCGUCCAGGUUCCUGUUGAACUUCUGUCGUCCCUGGUUCAGUGUCUCAGGAAGUCUCAGAAUAGGAAAGUGGUCUGAGCGCUCAGUAGAUCCACAGUGACUGAGCAGAUCUCCUCACCUCAUCUGUGGCACAGUGAGUCCCUGGACCCUGAGUUGAGAUCUCACCUCAUCUGCUGAAUAUUGUUUCUGAUCUAUUAAAAUGAUUAUUUCCAGUUGUACCUGAACCCUCAGUGCCGUGUGUUUCCUGUUGAGAUCUCUGUUGUGACUUCACUGUGUGUCCAAGCUUCUGGUUCAGGUCCGAGCUGCUUCCUGUAGAACCAGGUACAAGGAGCCAGUGGGGGUUUGAAAACCUUUGUGGAAAAGACUCUAAAUAAAAUGUAAAUAUUUCUACACACCA